CUGACUUCCAAUCUUAUUUUGCUUCAAGUAUAAAUAAACAAAAGACAGACUGCGUAUAGGCAUAUCUUUAUGCUUUCUUACUAUUAUUUUUUUGCACGAAAAAGCAUUAUAAUAAUAGAAUGGUAGACUAGUGUAAAAUAAUGAUAGAAUUAAACACAAAUAACACUACAGAUAUUGCUACGGCUAUAACAAAGUUAUCAGAUAAAGAUAUUGAUCAAAAUAAAAAUCAAAACUUCAAUGAAUUGAAAGAUAAAAAUGAGAAAACUGCAACGAUAGAUAAUAACUUUGAACCAAAAUUCAAGAAAAAUCCGAAUGGCAGUAUCAAUGAAGAUAUUAAUGAAAUAUUUCCCCAUACAAUUUUCACAACUAAAUUCAAAUAUUUCAUAAUCAUUCUUUGUUCGAUGUCAGGAUUUUGGUCUGCAAUUGCUGCACCAAUCUAUUAUCCCUCAUUACCCAAAGUCCAAGAGACAUUCGGUAUAUCAGAAAAGAUAGCAAAUAUAUCUGUGGUUGUAUAUUUUAUAUUCCAAGGUAUUGCUCCAUCGAUAAUUGCACCAUUUGCCGAUCUUUAUGGCAGAAAACCAGCUAUAUUAGUUUGUUCAUUAUUAUAUAUUGGGGCUAAUGUUGGCAUUGCAUUAUCAAAUAAUUAUGGAUUAAUGUUAUUUUUCCGAUGUUUUCAAGCUACUGGAAUUGCGCCAGUUAUUGCUAUUUGUGCUGGAAUAGUUGGAGAUAUUACUACGAAAGCGAAUAGAGGUGGAUUUAUUGGGUUAACCACAGGUAUUUCAUUAAUUGGACAAGCGACUGGUGCAUUAAUUGGAGGGUUAAUUAGUUCGAGGUUUGGAUGGAGAGCAGUUUUUUGGUUUUUAUCAAUUGGAUGUGGAUUGACAACAAUUUUAAGUUUUUUGUUUUUGCCAGAGACAAAGAGAACAAUAGUUGGAAAUGGAUCAAUACCAAGUAAAAGAUUAAUUAAUUUUAGUCCAAUUUGGGCUAUGCCUAGAAUGAAAAAAAGGCUAACAAAUGAUAUCGAGACACUAGAAAUUGAUGAUAAAGAGAAUGUGUCAACGAUAAAAAAAUUGAGCUCGCCAUUUUCUAUUAUUAUCUUGCCAGAGAUUUCAUUAUUUUUAUUUUCUGCAUCGAUUAUUUUUGCUACUUGGUCUAUGAUGUUAACAUCGAUAAGUAAUCUAUUAUCAUCAAAAUAUGGAUAUUCUACAUUAAAGAUUGGGAUAUGUUUUUUGCCAUCGGGAAUAGGUGGAUUAAGUGGCUCAAUUGCCAGUGGGCGAUUAUUAGAUAUUUAUUAUAAACGUUGCAAAAAACGAUAUCUUGAAGAUGAAAAGAGUGGAAAUAAUGGGGAAAAAAAGGAGUUUGAUUUAUUCAAAGCUAGGUUGGGGAUACUAUGGGUAUUUGGGUUAAUUGGAUGUGUUAGUUUUUUGAUUUAUGGAUGGACUAUUGGGAGUAAGAAGCAUAUAUCGAUAGUUUUAAUAAGUACGUUUUUUGGUAGUUUUAGCUCUAUAUCACCAAUAUCGAGUUCUACUACAUUAUUGGUUGAUUUAUUUCCUGAGUCUAUAUCGUCAUCAGCAUCGAGUAUCAAUCUUACAAGAUGUUUGAUGGCAGCAGGAUUUGUUGCAGGAUUGAGUAGCAUUAUAGAUAAAUUGGGAGUGGGAGGAUGUUUUACAAUGAUGAGUGGAUUGUGUGUUAUUGGGAAUAUUUGUUUUUAUUGCGACGUAAUAUAUGGACAACGAUUGCGUAGCAAACGAGAAUAAGAGGUGUUUAUAAGGGGCAAACGAAUUAUAUUAUUUAGUUAAUAAUAAAUAGUUGAAUAUAAGACGAUAAAU